CUACCCCAUUGGUGUCUUAUCUCGUGUGAACAAUGGCGUCUUUGUAAUUCAGUCUUCGAGACGUGUAGUUCAUCGCGUGCUGGGCCUGGAGUACCCCUCUUUUACGGGCAUCUUGACCAACAGCUAAUAAACUCUUACUCUGCUUCGUGUAUUGUUACCAUAUGGCAGCAGUAUUCAUACCACCUUCGCCGCAGACCUCUCUGAACAUGUCGACUCGCCGACCACUCGCAAACGUGCCGAAUGCUACUAACUCCCCCCAUAGGGCGGGCCUCGUGCCUGCCAAACGCCCUCGAACGACACAUGCACCACUAGAUAUUUCUUAUGGCCAACCACCGCCCAAGAAGCAGGUAGUUGAUGGGGUUGAAGGGGAUGCUCGGUCACCAACCCGUACCAGACCUUCUUUUCAAAAUCCGGAUUCCAAGUUGUUCGCACGUCGUCCGAAUAAUACUCAACCAAGUGCUUUCGAGAGAAAGCUGGUCGCUGUAAGGGAUAAAGAAAGACAGCCUCAGCUUAGAGCAUCGAGACAUGAGAGACCAUCCGCGGAAACCAUCGAUUCCAUAAGGCAAUGGCAAAGACAUUAUCGGAAGGCCUUCCCCCAAUUUGUCUUUUAUUUUGACAGUAUUCCGGAGGAGCUGCGCAGCAAGUGUUCGCGACAAGUUCUUGCAUUGGGAGCCCGUGAGGAAAAAUUCUUUUCGCGUUUAGUGACGCACGUUGUUACGUCGCGCCCUAUACCGCCGGAAACUGACGUGACAAGCCCAGCGGAGGCUAAUGCGGUAUCAGUAGACCAGACUACUGCAGAUGGCGCCCCACAGACCGUGAACCCUUCAUUACUCGAGAAGAAUCCCGAUGCACACCUCCAUAUGUCACUGAAGAAUGAAGCACGACGUGAGCAGAGCAAUAUGGAUGUCUUGCAUAGAGCUCGUCAGAUGGGAAUGAAAAUAUGGGCCAUUGAGAAACUCCAGCGAAUGAUUGCCACGAUCAAUGAUGGAGAUAUUGGUGGUCACGGUGGCCAUUCAACCCGCAAUAAUCAUGCCGGUGGUGGACACUCUCGGGGCAGAGGCGAGGCAGACCUUUCCCAAGUUCUUCAAAACGAGCUCAAUGGCUCCUCCGAUCGUAACCCUCUAUCCGUAUUAAAGGAUCUGGUCAUGUUCAAAGGUCCAUUCAUCUAUGUUCACGACAUGGACGAAAAGACGAGGCCUGUUAUGGUUCGAGAGUACCCAAAAGUCGUAAGACGGCAAGACGGUAUCUGGCCGCAAUUCAGAAGUGCUCCACUGGGGAAAUGCCCAUUCAUCGACGAACCUCUCACGAAGAAAGAUCUGGAACGGCAACGGCCCCGUCAAGAGAAACAGAAAACAGUUGCUUCCAAGCCAGCCCAAGAGACACAGGCCCCCAGACCAAACGCCCCCGAAUAUGUCAUUGAGAAGGUAGCUGAUCGUGCACCGAAAAAAGAGCACAGUCCUCCAAGUAUUCAUGAAGAGGCUGUGUCUCAUUCCAAGCAACCAGAAAUGCAGGAGAUACAGCCAACUCGACCGAUAUCACCAAGAAAGAGCUCCGAAAGCUUUGUUCCUCCUCCACUCAACUGUGGUGGACGUUUCUAUACUGGUGGUCGUGAACCUGCAGCGUCUGGUAUGCAGCCAUCAAAUAUCACCUCUGCUAUCCGUUCCCAGAUGGUGUCGUCUACUGCCGCGGCGCCUGGCGCAAAGGCUGGUAUCAGCAAAGAGGUCCAUGAAUUAAAGCGAAAAGUCCUGGAGAAAAGCAAUGGAGGGCUCUCAACUGGCACGGGGCCUUUAUCAUACCGCGCUGCGGACAUGUCGACAGCGCUUAAGAUGACGAAGAGCCACGGCAACCGACAGUGCAAGUUAGAUCCCCCUGAGAAACUUGGAAACGUGAUUGAGGAGGAAACCACCCAGUCGGAGAGCAAUGAUGCUGGCAAACAGCGAAACAGUUUGCGAAAAGUUACCUGUCAAAAGAAAAAGGAGAGGAGGAGGGAUCCGAAACCAGGCUACUGCGAGAAUUGCAGGGAUAAAUUUGACGACUUUGACGAGCAUAUCAUGACUAGGAAACACCGCAAGUUUGCAAUGAACACCGCAAACUGGGCAGAAUUAGACUCGUUACUUUUUCAGUUACAGCGGCCACUGAAGGAUGAAUAUGAAUAUGCUUAGCGUAUCUUACUGUGCUUAGGCUUCAACAAACCAAAACGAAGUACAUUUGAAAGGUCCGAUAUUAGUAACAGUUGCAUACAAGCAAUUUGCCCUCCUAU